AUGCCACCCGUUCACAUGAGGGUGGGCGUUUGGGCCAAAACAUUCGUGCCGCUCCCCGUGGAGCUUGACCAUCAGGGUUUGUUCCACUGCGUUAUCCCAGUUGCAUGGCAGCGGAGCUCCUGGCUCUUCGACCGUGGUCUUCUGAGUGGCCUGCGCUGCUGUGGUGGAAGCGGUGCUCUACCUCCUCGCGCUAGUGGCGUGGCUUCGUCUUCUACCUCUUCGCGCUGGUUGGUGGCUUCGACUUCGACUUCUACCUGGACACGCUCUACAGUUGCUUUGGUGGACUUCGAGCGCUACGCUCUCUGGUGCUGCUGGGCCUACAUCCUGAUCUACCUGCUCACGUCGCCAACUGGUCCUCAAGGAGCUCAACAAGCUGAUGACGAUGGUGCGGCUUCUGUGGCAGCACCGGUUUCUUUGGAGACCGACUUCUUUGGUGAUGAACUACGUGGAUACCGUCUUCUCAAAGCUGCAAGACUCUCCAGCCAGGAGAGACAACAUGUCUGGACCCUGACAUCGAACUCUACGAGGUUUGUUGAUGUACGCCGAGCCCUGCGGACUCUUUUCGCGGAAGAAGUUGGAGCAGAAGAUCAACGGCGGAAGAUCUUGUUCCAGGAGACAGCAUCUUCAUGGGAUGCUGGUGAUGACUAUGAUGAAGGCCCCGGCUGGCCUGAUGAAUGGUGGAGUGCUGAAGAAGAAGCCUACUGGUAUGAUGAUGCCUCAUGGGCUUACUACUACGAGGACGAGGACUACAGCACUGAAGCCAACAAGACACUCUCAGAGGCCAGACAGGCCGUAGCAAAAGUUCGUGCUGCCCGUGGUUACUUUGACCCAGCUGGCAUGAAGGGUUCCACCAACAAGGGAUCCAAAGGAAAAGGCAAAACCAAGGGCAAGCCAAGAACAGCUCUUGGCCUGUGUUUCAUUUGUGGAUCAACGGGACAUGGCUACCUGAAUUGCCCUGACCGCUACUCAGCCUAUGGUGGUUCCCCAAAGGGGUCGGAAGGCAAGGGCAAGAAGGGCGCAAAAGGCAAGCUGAAAGGCAAGCCUGGCAAGUUCCCUCAACGCCAGGUGAACUACGCUGGCGACUACUUUGUCGACAUCGAGCAGUACAAGGAGAUUGCGGAGGACGACACCCUGCAGUCCAUCAACGUUCUGAGCCUGGAGAAUGACAAUGCAGCCAACUGCAUCAACGCCUUCAAGGCCAUCAUAGACACAGGCGCCUUGAAGAUGGUCUCCUUCUACCUCUUGGAUGGACAUGCUGAGAUGACACCUCCCUUGCUUGGUGGUCGUGAACUUUGGAACAGAAAUGCCGUGGUGGCCUACUGUGGUGAGUACUUCGCUCACCAGGCAGCAAAUGGAGCAUGGUGGACCAAUCCCCUGAUUCGUCUACGUGGACGUCAUGUGGCGAUUGACUUGGAUGAGGAGCCUUCGAGUUUGGGAUCAUGGAUCAACCAUCUUCAGCGACCUCUCUCUCCUGACGAUGAUGAUGGCGACUAUGGAGAUGGUGGCGGAGAAGAUGGACCUUCGAGCGGCAAUCGUCGACCUCGCCAACGAGAUCCUGGACAAGAACAUGCAGUUCAUGACGCAGUUCGAAGAGCUGCCAACCGUGCCAAUGGUUUUGCACCUCCUGACAACACUCCUGCUGACGCUCCCCCUAAGCAACCUCCUCAAGGAGAACGUGGUAAUGACGGAGCUGGUGGAGCUGCUGGAGGAGCUGCUGGUGGUGGCGAUGGACUUCACCGAGAACCUGACGAAGUCGAAGCAGUUUUUGGGCCCCGACGUUUUGGCGAUGGUGUCAAGACCUCCGAGGUGAUGAACUUGGAUGGGACCGACAGCGAGCCCCUGGAAGUUACCUCUUUUCAAUAUGGCCGUGCUGCUUCCUCUCAUACCUGCCGGGUUCCUUGGUGCUCUGGCAACAACUGCCGCCACAAGCCGAUGAAGCGCGAGCUGGAGCCUGAUGACUCUCCGAGUGACCGCAACUCCAAGCCAAAAAGUUUUAGUGCUGCCUCUGGUUCCACAACAUCCCCAAAAGAUGAGCCCAAUCAAUCUGAGUCUGAGAAAAAUUGCAACAAAGUUCCCAAAGGAGAUCAUGGUGGGGAUGGGGGUAGUGCUGGAAGUCAAGGCGAUGGAGGUACAGGUUCUAUUUUGAUGUUGUCAACGGUUUUUGGUGCUGGCAUGGAUGUUUCACGUCAUGAAGAUCCACAUCAACAUGUUCACGAUGUUCAUCUAUCUCAUCAUGCUGCUCAUCCACAUGUUCAUGCUGCUCAACUAUCUCAUGCCCCUGCACAUCAACAUGAUCACGCAGUUUGUCAUGGAGCCGAUGCGACUCUGAAGUCCCUGGCUCAAAGGCUUGAGAAGCUCAAGAAAGAGAUCAAUGGCCCUGUCCAGAGUUGCUGCGACACCGGUCGAUCCCCGCCAAGACGGAUGGCCAUGCCGUGGAGCUCACCAAAGUGGCAGGGAGAAGACCAACCAGUAUGCGCGGUGGACAAGCUGCAAAACAUGUGGCCUACGCUUGAGCUACGUGGUGAAGACCAAAGCUGGACCGGCACCGGAACUUGUGGCGAUGGCACAAGAAGAGUUGCAACAGGUCUACCAGCCAGUGGAAAUGAACGAGAAGAUCUUCAUGGGCAAGGUGAUGGAGAUCAAAGGCAGAAGCCUGGUGAUGCAGCGUGGUCAAGGAAGCCUCCAGGUGGAGAUCAGGGCCGAUCAACCACGUGGCCGAAAUCUUCUGGGGGAAGCUGCAACGACCACAGGCUAUCCAAGGAGAUCUCAGAGCACUACGACACCUACAACGCCGACACACGCACCGCCGACUCCAACAAGGUCGACGAGGGCAACAAGGAGCGUGUCACCGACACCAAGUUUUGCCCCCUCGGAAGCAGCUGUACCAGUUGUGAACCCCAUGGCAAAGGCCAAAGUCAAAGCUGCUCCAGUCCCCGAAGUGCCGGCGAUGGUCCUGCCGGACUCCAUGAACGAGGUGCUGGUGAUUCACAGCGACGAGGAGACGCUGGAAGUGGAAGGCUAGCAAGCCUUUGGUAUUCUCUGAAAGCCUUGCGAGAAAGGAUGAGAUCCUCUGAAGGGUCUAGUGGCACCCGGCUGGAGGCUGACCGCCACAAGGAGCCAACAACCAUCAAUGAUGUCAACCCUGGCAACAAUCAAACCACGUGCACUACGUCCACUACGCCAAGCAAAGGCACCACAAAGGAGGACAUUUUGUCCAUGAAAAAUAGUUUCACAAGAGAGAUUUUGCCGCCCUUGGCAAAGAAAUUGGCAAAAGCCGCAACACUUUCUGCAAUGGUCCUGGGCCCCGUGAAGGAGAUCUUCGCGGCUACAGAGAUGAAGUAUGACCUGGUGGAGAUUGCCUGCUCUCCUACGUCAACUUUGACCUCUACCUUUGAGCAGAGUGGUCUUCAAUGCUUGCGGAUCAACCACCGCACUGGCUUUGACCUGGACUGCAAGAAGGGCACCACAGCUCUUGCCAAGCAACUUCAAGACCAUCCACCUCGUUUGGCGUGGGUGAGUCUCCCAUGCACACGGCUCUCCAGUCUUCAAAAUCUGACGGAGAGAGAUGAAGCUGCUUGGAGCCGAUUUCUGAAGCGCAGAGGUCAAGAUUUACGACGUGCUGAUGAAGUUGCCCGCUCUUUGGAGCCGGUGAUUGCUGGUGAUGACGAUUUUGGAUGGGAAUGGCCGAUUGGAGCCGUAGCUGGAUGGCGUUCCAGCGCAAUACAACGGUUGGAGCGUUUGGCCAAGAAACACGGCAGGGUGAUCUAUGGGAUCAGGAUUCAUGGCUGUCAGUAUGGUUUGGAAUGGCAGGGCAUCCCUUCGAAGAAAGGUUGGCAAAUCAUGACGACCUCUCGUGAGCUUUGGCUUCGAGUUUGCCACCGCUGCCCUGGUGAUCACGAACAUGCUGAAUGCCGAGGACCUGCUGCCGUGGCCUCCUCCUACUACCCUCCAAAACUCUGCAACGACAUCCUCAAGGCCAUGAAAGCCCAAUGGAACAUCCAGGACAAGCACGCGGUCUACCUCACUGAGAAGUACCUGCUUGACCUCGAGCCCGACAUGAUGGUGAACUUUGAGGAAGAUUUUCCCACGGAGAAGGUGAUGGCCUUGACGAGAACUCGUCUCGACUUGGAUGAAGCCCCUACAGGAAAACGUUUGGAAGCCAUCAAGCAGUUGAUGCUGCGAGUUCACCGAGCUUCGGGGCACAGUGGCUUCAGCAACCUUCAAAAGCUGUUGGAAGCAAGAGGCUCACCGAAGUGGGCAGUGGAAUUGGCUGGGACGUUGACUUGUCCUGAAUGUCAAGAAGCUGCCAAACCAGCCUUGAAGCCUCCAGCAGGCACUGAGGAUGGACCUGCUCUGUUCGAGAUGCUGGGCACGGACGUUUUCGAGUUCGAGCACCUUGACGUCAAGUACAAGGGCAUUCUUUGGAGAGACCGAGCCAGCGGCCUCACUAUGAUCGACAUCCUUCACCAAGGCGAUCAUUGGGAGCCCAAAACUGAGGUGAUCAAGUCUCUCACCAAGUGGCUGAUGUGUCAUCCAGCCCCAACAUGGGUCAUUGCCGACUCUGCCAGAUACUACACCAGUUGGGAAUUCACUGAAUACCUGGCCCGAGCUGGUGUUGGGCUGACAAUUGCACCUGCAGAAGCUCACUGGAUCAUGGGUGCGGAGGAGCAAGCCAUUGGCUAUGCGAAAAGAGUGGUUGAAAAGCUCCUUCAAGAAGAAGGCCCAUACGAUGUGCCAAUGUUGUUUCAGCUGGCAGCCCAUGCAAUGAACUCUCAUGUUGGAGCUCAUGGUUUUAGCGCGUUUCAAUGGGUUCACGGAAAGGACUAUGCCAAUGCCACCUUGGAGAACCUCCCAGUUGGACUUCGAGCUGGCAAGGCCUUUGGUGGUCUUCUCAAGAUCCGUGAAGAGGCAAGACUUGCUUUUGAACGUGAACGAGCCCGAGAUCGCUUCAGCAAGCUGGCCAAUGCUGUGACACGGCCGCCAGUGAAGGUGGCAACGGGUCAACUUGUGAUGCUCUGGCGCCAAAAGAUGAAACCUGGGCGCGUUGGUGGUUCUUGGAUUGGCCCUCUACGUGUUUUACUAGUUGAAGGCAGUACGAUCUGGCUGGAGCUGACAGCCUCUUUGGAAGGCACGGCAGUCCACAAAACUCCAAUCACCACUGAGACCCUGAUGAGAGCGUUCAAGGGACGCUACUACUACGAUAUGUCUGGCAACGUGCCGAGUGAACAACAACUUCAACAAGACCUGAGCCCUACAGAAGUUCAAGUUCAACCUCGACCUGAAGCUCAACGCGCUGACACUUGGGAGCUUCGUGAGGACAAGGACUCCAAGACCCUGGUGCGCAUACACCACCUUCCAAGACUUGCUUUGUUUUCUCCCCUACGAGUUCAAACCUGUCCGGUUUCCAUGGACGAGCUCACUGGCAAACGCACGACAGUGGUGCGACCUCUUCAAGGUGGAGAUGAAGUUCGAAUCCAUGAUGACAUGGAAGUCGCCAAGACCUUGCAAGAUCGUUGGACUGGCGAGACGCAGUUUGAGAUGAAGAUGGGCCCGCGACCUUUGAAGGUGAGAAGAAGCGUGCCGAAAACAGGCCUCAAGCGGCCUCCUGAGAAGGACUUGGACGAGCUUCAGAAGGAGCAGAACGAGAAGGACAUCUUCGAGGACGAGGAGCAACCUGAACUACCUCAUCAAGAUCCUCUUCAAGCUGGACAAGAUCAACUUCCUGGACAUGCUGAAGAAGUACCUGGGAAGGAGAUUCCUUCAAGCAGCCUGAACGAUGCUUUGCUGCGAUAUGGCAGCGACGCAGUUGAUGGCCUACCAGUUCGUUUGAAAGGAAGCGCUGGCAGCAAUGAAUGUGCUAUCCCUGGAUGCGAACUACCUGGUGGACAUCAAGGAGUACAUCAAGGACCUGAAGGGAAGUUUCUUUAUGACUCCUACGAAGGCAAGCAGUUUGUGACGGAAGAAGUUGAAGCUGAAGAUGACGAUGAUGAUGGCAUCGAUGCCGAAUCUACGUCUUCAGAAGAACUUCUCCCAGAUUCGCUUCAUGUUGCACAUGCUGAUCCUUCUGAACCUGCCCCUCAAGAAACCUUCUUUGCCCUGGAGCUUCCUGUUGAAAGUGAAGACUAUGAAUGGUUGGCAAAUAACUGUGUCAACCGGAAAGCCAAUGUCUGGCUAUCCCGCAAGAUGGCUGAAAAGAGCAAAGAGGUACAGUGGAAGGAGCUGACGCUCGACCAGAAGAAGCUCUUCGACAUCGCCAUGGCCAAAGAGCUUAACCAAGUGGCUACUUCCCGAGCACUUCGAAACAUCACCAAGGAUGAGUCCCUCAACCUGGACAAGUCCCGCGUCAUGAACAUGCGCUGGGUGCUCACAUGGAAGGGCGAUGGAAGCGCAAAGGCGCGAUUGGUCAUUUUGGGUUUCAGGCGCACAAUUUGUGCGAAGUUGAAACAACCUCUCCUACCCUUAGCAAAGUAG